AUGAAGUUCGCCACGGUCCUCCUCGCGCUCGCGCUCAGCUUUGGCCAUGCCGCUGCCGUCGACGCGGGCGAACUGCCCACCAAGCGCCAAGCUUCGCCUUCCACCUACUUCACCGCCAUCCGCGCGCUCAACCUCGACCUCAACAACGCCCUGCUUGGCUACGUUGGUGCGGUGCUCAACCAGUACGGCCAGUACGGGAUCACAUGGGAGGCCAUCGACGCGCUGCAUGUUACUCUCCCGUCUAAUGCCACGUCCGUGCCGUUCGACAUUGCUAUGACGGGCGCCUUCCCGACCCUCGGCGGCGCCGUCGGUCAAUCCUCCGCCUCCAACGACCUCAACACCGGCUCCUACAACUAUGCUUACUUGGCCGGAAUUGGCGCCGUUCCCGCAGGGUCCGCUGUUGUCGAUCAGCGCAGCUCUAUCAACGCCACGGAAGGGCUCCUAUCCUCAAUCGAGAGCGCGUUGUGGACCGUCGACGCCAGCACCGGCAAUCUCACCGCGCAUUGGGUCAAUAGCAACGGCGCGACACCCGUGACGCAGAUCGUCUACUAUCGCCGCGACAACGUCCUCUGCUUCACUGGAGAUCCCGCAACCUUUGGAAGCGUAUUUGGAGACUCUCCGCGUGUUCUGUUACAAGCUGUCCAGAUCCCGACUGUCGUCUGA